AACACCCCCCCCGUUCCGUCCCCCCCUCCCGCACACACACACACACACACGCACCCCUCGGGGCUCCGCGAUCACCCGCCGGACAGCGAGCCAGAGGGAUUCGUCUGGAGGGCAAUUUCGAAUCGGGGGAGAUCUAUUGGAUUAGUAGGAUUAUCUGCUUGCAGACGGAGAGAAGUAGCGUUUGAUCAUUUCUAUUGCUUUGCCUGAUGGUCGGAUUUAAAUGGAGGUGGCUCGGCACGGAUGAGGCUGAAUUCCGGAUGGGGAUUUCCAGCCCCCCCUUUCCCCUCGCCCCGAUCCGAGGAAAGGGGAGAAAAAUAUAUAUAAAACCCGAUAUAAUUCGGAAGUGUCCGAGGCACGAUUGAGAAAACCCUCCAGGUCACAGCGGCUGGGAGGGAGACGGAGGGGGCGAAUCCAGUGAAUUACAGUUUCAGCUGCGAUUGCAGAAAAGCGGCCGUGAACUGGAUAUAGACCUGCGGCUAACUGGAUUUGAUUUAUAAGAGGAGAUUCUGCAGUAAAUGGCUGCUCUCUUCAUAUUGCUGCUAUGGAAAACAGAAUUGUCAAUAGGAUGUAGUCUGAUAAAUAGUGCUGAGUGAAGAUGCAGCUUCAAUAAGUGUGAAAUCAAUGGAAGAUACUUAUCGCAUGAAAAGCCUUUUGAGAUUUUUCUGACAGGCACCUAUUUAGGAAACGUGAUCCGUUUCCUUCGGUUGCCCUGUUUUUACGCCAGUGGAUACAAAUCAGAUUGCAUCAUUGUAGUUACACAACUAAUGUGGGACCAUGGCCUUUCCAGGAUCCAUGUGGCUGAACUGUAUAUGGAGAGCGAUGAUAGCCCGCCUGUUACACAUGGGAUUGAAUGCCUCUUUUGCUUUUUGUAUACUUGGAUUUUUGCUUCACGCUGCAGCUGUGUCCUCCCAAAAAUUGGAUGAUACCAACCCAGUGGUGACCACCAACUUUGGCAAGAUAAGAGGGAUUAAGAAGGAACUUAAUAAUGAAAUUCUGGGGCCCGUUAUUCAGUUUCUUGGGGUUCCGUAUGCUGCCCCUCCAACAGGGGAGCGCCGCUUUCAACCUCCUGAACCUCCGUCUCCCUGGGCAGAUAUCAAAAAUACCACUCAGUUUGCUCCGGUGUGUCCCCAGAACAUUAUAGAAGGCAGGUUGCCUGAAGUCAUGCUUCCCGUGUGGUUUACUAAUAACUUGGAUGUAGUUUCCACCUAUGUACAAGAUCAGAAUGAAGACUGCCUCUAUUUAAAUAUCUAUGUCCCAACCGAGGAUGUCAAAAGAAUAUCCAAGGAAUGUGCCAGAAAACCCGGCAAGAAAAUUUGUAGAAAAGGAGGUCCCCUUACAAAGAAACAGACAGAUGAUUUAGGUGAUAAUGACGGUGCUGAAGAUGAAGACAUUCGGGACAGUGGGGGACCUAAGCCUGUGAUGGUGUAUAUUCACGGAGGGUCCUACAUGGAAGGCACUGGAAAUUUAUAUGAUGGCAGUGUUCUAGCAAGUUAUGGGAAUGUGAUAGUCAUCACUGUCAACUAUCGCCUUGGGGUACUUGGAUUUUUGAGCACUGGAGACCAAGCAGCAAAAGGAAACUAUGGACUCCUUGAUCUAAUUCAAGCUUUGCGAUGGACUAGUGAAAAUAUUGGGUUUUUUGGUGGUGACCCAUUAAGAAUAACUGUUUUUGGAUCUGGUGCAGGCGGUUCAUGCGUCAAUCUGUUGACUUUAUCCCAUUAUUCUGAAGGUAACCGUUGGAGCAAUUCAACCAAAGGACUUUUUCAAAGAGCAAUAGCUCAAAGCGGAACAGCUCUCUCCAGCUGGGCAGUUAGUUUUCAGCCUGCAAAAUAUGCCAGGAUGUUGGCUACAAAAGUUGGUUGCAACAUGUCAGACACUGUAGAAUUGGUAGAAUGUCUACAGAAGAAGCCUUAUAGAGAACUUGUUGACCAGGACAUUCAACCAGCAAGAUACCACAUAGCCUUUGGACCAGUAAUUGAUGGCGAUGUGAUACCAGAUGAUCCCCAGAUAUUGAUGGAACAAGGAGAAUUCCUGAAUUACGACAUCAUGUUGGGAGUUAACCAAGGCGAAGGGUUAAAAUUUGUUGAAAAUAUUGUGGAUAGCGAAGAUGGCAUAUCAGCUAGUGAUUUUGACUUUGCAGUUUCUAAUUUUGUUGAUAACUUAUACGGAUACCCUGAAGGCAAAGAUAUAUUGAGGGAAACUAUUAAAUUUAUGUACACGGACUGGGCAGAUCGACACAAUCCUGAGACCAGAAGAAAAACACUGCUGGCUUUGUUUACUGAUCACCAGUGGGUUGCACCAGCAGUGGCUACAGCAGAUCUUCACUCAAAUUUUGGAUCACCUACAUAUUUCUAUGCCUUCUACCAUCAUUGCCAGACAGAUCAGGUACCUGCAUGGGCAGAUGCAGCCCAUGGAGAUGAGGUUCCUUAUGUGUUAGGAAUCCCCAUGAUUGGUCCUACUGAAUUAUUUCCUUGUAAUUUCUCAAAAAAUGAUGUCAUGCUAAGUGCAGUGGUGAUGACAUACUGGACAAACUUUGCAAAAACUGGUGACCCAAAUCAGCCAGUGCCGCAAGAUACAAAGUUCAUCCAUACAAAACCAAAUCGUUUUGAAGAGGUAGCAUGGACAAGAUAUUCUCAGAAAGACCAACUGUAUCUUCACAUUGGAUUAAAACCACGAGUUAAAGAACACUAUAGGGCCAAUAAAGUGAACCUUUGGUUGGAACUGGUACCUCAUCUGCACAAUCUUAACGACAUUUCACAGUAUACCUCUACCACAACUAAAGUGCCAUCAACUGAUAAUACUUUCAGACCAACAAGGAAAAAUUCUGUUUCUGUUACUUCAGCCUUUCCUACAGCCAAACAAGAUGAUCCCAAACAACAACCAAGCCCGUUUUCAGUGGAUCAAAGGGACUAUUCAACAGAGUUGAGUGUUACUAUUGCAGUUGGUGCAUCUUUGCUGUUCCUGAACAUUUUGGCCUUUGCAGCGUUGUACUACAAAAAAGACAAGCGGAGACAUGAUGUUCAUAGGAGAUGUAGCCCACAACGUACUACUACCAAUGAUCUUACCCAUGCACAAGAAGAGGAGAUAAUGUCCCUCCAAAUGAAGCACACUGACUUGGAUCAUGAAUGUGAGUCCAUCCAUCCACAUGAGGUGGUUCUUAGGACCGCCUGCCCCCCAGACUACACGUUAGCUAUGAGAAGGUCUCCUGAUGAUAUUCCCUUAAUGACACCCAACACCAUCACAAUGAUCCCCAACACUAUACCAGGGAUUCAACCCCUACACACAUUCAAUACAUUUACUGGAGGACAGAACAAUACUCUGCCCCAUCCUCAUCCCCACCCCCAUUCACACUCAACAACCAGGGUAUAGCCAGACAAGACGAAACAAACUUUAUUUUUUGAUGGAUUACAGUAGGUGAUAUUACUGAAGAUUACUUGGCUUUCAACCUACAAGACUCUUACUAUUUAAAUAUGGAGGAAUAUUAUGUGAAUAUACAUAUCAAGAACUUUUGGGGUUUUGAAAAAAAAUGAAUUGUACAUAUAUCAAAUGAACUUAAGAAACAAACAAAAAAAAAAAAAAGGAAAAAACCCACAAAAAAACCCAACUGUUUGUAAUUGCUUGAAGCAGUUGUCCUGAAUGAUACUUUUUCAUUCACAUUCAAGUAUUAAUUUUUUUGAAGAUUUAAGUUACAUAAUGGAAUUAGGCAUGUGCAACACAAACAGGAAAGAACUAUGACUGAAAAUUUUUAAAACCUAUAAAUAUGCACAAGGGACACACUAAUGGAAUGUCAGAUAAUUUUCACCAAUUUUUAUUUGGACCUGUUUUAUUGUGUAGACCAUAUUUACGUAUUUGAAUAAGUACACAAAGCACCAAUGCUGUUAAGGCCUUAGGAAGGGGCUCAUGCUGAAAUCUGCCAGUCAAAGAAGUUUUACAGCCCGGCAGGUACAACAUUAUCACAUAAGUGCUGUCAGUAUAAAAGUUGUGGGAAUAAAGGAAACUGGAUAUUUUUAGCACGAUGUGCAUGAUAAUUUAUAUGCUUGGUGGCUGUGCUGCUGAUUAAGCCGUAAUUAAAAUUUUUCUCAUCCCAUUGGAGUUUUUAUUAGAAGCUUUCUCAUCAAUUGGCACAACUUAAAGAAGUUUUUUAAAGGGGCAAAAGUAAUUACAGUAAAAUAUUUCAUGGUAGCUUCAGAAAUAAAAGGAAUCACAACAGUUCUUAAAGGUAAUCAUGGCAUUCUAGGUAUGCAGUGGUGAACCCUCGGUGAUAUGAAUCCCAGACAGAAAAUCUGUAUUAUUAAUGUUAUUUUCCACCUAAAUAAUUUCUAACUUUAACAUAACUAUAACUUUAUUGGAAUUUCCUUUGAUGACAGAUUUAUAAUUUGCUGUGAUUUAGUUACAAUAUAUUUCGUUCAAAUUGGUAAGGUAAAGUGUGUCCAAAAGCUUGAUUGCAAUGAUAUUUUGCAAUAUAAAAUUGCCCCAAUAUUACCACUCUGAUUACUCCUUUCAGUUUAUUGUUUAAACUCAUGUUGCAUGUUGCAAAGUUUACUUAUAAUACUUCUAUAUAAAGUUAAUUCCCUUUUUGCUAUACAUUAGCUUUGCCAUUCAAAUUAAUUCUAUAGACCAGAUGGCAACAGUGUAGAAAAUGAGUGUAUGUAAGAACGUGGAGAGAGCCAACAACUGAAAAUUUUAAAAUCUGGAUACUACAUAUGUGUGUGUGAUUUGAAAUGAAUGUUCUAAAAUCACAAGAAAUUUUUCAUUCCCCUGUUGUUUUCCAGUAAUUAUAUACCAUGGUCCUUUCAAAAUGUUUGUAUAUGUAAUCAGAUGUACAUUUAUAUAAAAGGAAUAAUUGAGAUGGACUUAAGAGCACAUCCCUGAUAAAUACUUUCUCUCUUACCUGUACUAUAUUUCUAUUAGACUAAAGUUAUGUGAUUUUUUUUUACAUUUUUUCAAAUUACUAGCAAUUUUGAUAGUUUGUAAGAUAAUGCAAAGAACUUUCUCUGACAAACUAACUGCAGUAACAGAAACAUUUCUUUUCAGUUACUCUUUUUCAAGAAUGAAAGCUUAUUACACACAAAAAUUGUAUACUACUUGAUGGAAAAUUUCUUUGUACUUCUUGGCCAUAUUACUGGUCACUGAGUGAAAUAAAGAUAAUCUGGAUAACGAAUAUUAUUCCAAUGCUAAGAGACCUGAUCUUUGCUCAUUAAAGAGCUAAAAUGUUUAUUGCUGUUUUGUCAUUUUUUAAUGAAGUAAUGGUAACUGUCUCAAAUAAAGAGUAAUAUCUAAAGACCAGUCUGGUUUUUGAAGACAUGAAAAUGACUUCUACAACUAAUACAACUGCAUAUUUAUGGGCCAGUCCCAUCUACAACCAUUUCUUACAGAAAUACUGAUAUUGUGGCUUUAUGAUGUCAUAGUAUUACACGCAAAUCUCCCCUGGUUUUCAGGAAUAAGAUAAAGAUGUAAAUAUAGACACCAAAAAAAGCUCUGAGGAACAGGCCUAACUAAAAUAAAUCUGCAGUAUUCUGCAACAGGGAAAAAAAUCACCUAGGUUUUAUUUGGGUGAUUGAACUGUCAUAAACGUUUGCUAGGAAGUUCAGAGUGUGUUUGCUAACACCAAGCACAAACAUUAAAAGUGAAGCUGAAAGGGAAAUAAAGUACUGCAAUUUCACUAAUUUUAUUUGGCUAUUUAAAAAAAAAUGAAAUCAAAGUAUUUAAUUAGUGCGUGUUAUAGUCCCCAGUUUUAAAUAAAGCUCUUUUGGUAGAAGCAUAAAAAAUGGUCUUCAAAAUCCAGGGUGGUCUGUGUGCAAUUUCUGCCUGAUGUGGUUGUGCUUUUAGACUGUGACCUGCAAAUGUAAACCAAUAAAAAUAAUUGUCUGCCAUCUGAUAAUUAUUGUUUAAUAGGAAGACUGUAUUUUGCUAUGUUGAUGAAACAAAACAAAAAAAACUACAAAAAAAAAACAUUGAUGGCCAUAAAACAAGAUAUUAAUGACAUAUGAUUUUAUGUGCUUUUCUUAACUUUAUCAAAACCAAAAUAACUUUCUACUUUAGUUUAUUUGUGGCCAUAUAUCUAUAUAUCUCUCUAUAUACAGUAUCUGGUAAUUGUUUACUUUUAUUAGUUACAAAAUAAAUGAUUUAGGUAAACCAAGCAUGACACUACACUUUUUUUCUGUCAGCCAACAGUAUUCAAAAUGUGAAAGAUGAAGGUAAUGACACAAAUUUUAUCACUCCUGUCUGGGGAAAAAAAAAAAAAGUCUGUUCCUGUGAUGCAGACACUGUGAAUGAUGUUUUAGCGGCUACUUUACAAUUAGUUUACAGCAGCUGGCUUUCCAAAAGUAAGAUGGUGUCCCACAUUUUAACGUAACAUUAAGAAAGAUCAAGAGCUGUUUUAAAACUGAAACAAAAUAAAAGUAUAGGAAAUUGUUUUGUAAUAUCUUCAUUAUGCUUCAUGGAAUAUAAUUCUGUUCUUUUUAAAAUAUCAAUCUGUUCAAUUUGUUUUCCAUGGUAACCUACAAGAAAGCAAACUUGAAUGUGAUAUUUAAUUUCUUGUAUCAUCCUUGGACCAGAUUUCCAAUAAAAUUAGGAUAUCAGUCAGUCUUUCAAAGGUCAGUGAAAUAUAAAAAGCCUGCAUUUAUUGUUUUCACACUUUUGUAAAUAUGUUUGCAGACUUUUUAAGAAAAUGUAUUCUACCAUUUUGAGAAAAAAAUAACAAUGGAAUCAUUGUCUCGUUUAUCUAUUAAAAUUACAGGCAAUAUAAUGUGCUGUGAUGACAUUUCUAGGAGAAAUAAAGAAGAUAAAAACACAUUUUGCUCAAUGUUAUCUCAGUUGGUUAUACAUGGUAUUCUCCACCCACUGCAGCCUUACAGGGCAUGGAUGAACUACCUGAACAUAAAAUUCCAGAGAAAAAUGUAGUUAUUGUUUUCACUGUCUGUACUAAACGUGGUUUCCUGUGUCACAAAACUUUAGUUAUUGAAUAUUUUGGUUAUUGAAACAUCCUGAAAACUGGAUGAAUAGAAGUCUAACAAAAAAGCAUGUUACAGUUUUAAAGACACCACUGCACAGAAAAUACUGGUAUUUCUGUUGCCAACUUCACUAAGAGAUGAAACGGCUGAGUUCUUUGGAACCUGUCAAACAUCAUGGCAUUCCUUUGAUGUUUGUAAGUCGUCGUUUUUUUUCCUGUGAUGUUAGUUGAAAAUACUGGCCUUCCCCCCACACUUUGUUCUAACAAUGAACUGUUACAGGUGAUCGCUUUUUAAUG